ACGCAGCUGUGGGAGCAGAUGGGGCUGAGCCUGGCUCCAGCCCUCCCUCACCUCAUCUGAAAGCUGGCAGCCCCACAGGCAGUGUCUCUUCCCAAUGACCCCCUCCCAGGGGUUGUUGGGGGGCUCUGGUUCUUGGAAAGAGGUCCUACAGGAGCUGAUGAGAACUUCAGAAAUAAAGUGGGAGCUCCAUACUCCGUGGCACCCUCCUUCUUCAGGGAAAGUAGAAUGAAUCAAUCAGAUGCUGAAGAAGCACUUGUCAAAAUUGGUUUCAGAGACCAAACUACCAUGGACAAAGUGUUUGCCUGUAGCCCUUGUCAGAACACGAACCACUCACAGAAAAGGCUUAGGAGUAUCGCCCUAUGAAGUGCUGUUUGGGUGGCCGUACUUGGGAAUGGUGAGAUGCCCGCUCUUGAAACCAAGGUGCACUCAUCCCGUGUUGGAGGCUGGUCCUAAUAUGCACCUGGAAGGAAUAAAGGCUUUAGCCUGAGUGGGAUGGAAUGGACUAUUUCAGGUACUGCAGUGGAUGUUGUCUACCUUGACUUCAGCAAUGUUUUGUUACAGUCUCCUGUGACAUCCUGGUAAUGAAGCUGAGAAAGUGUGGGAUAGAUGAGUGGAUGAUGAGGUGGGCUGAGAACUGGUUUACUGGCUGAGCUCAGUGGUGGUGAUGGGCGGCACAGAGUGCGGCUGGAGAGCUGUGAGUGGCGGUGCUCCCGGGGGUUGGUGCUGGGUCUGGUUGUGAAGGGGAGAUUGUGUUUGUGCUGUAGAAGCUUUGAGUAUUUUCUGUAUGUAGUACUGGCUUUACUGAACUUACAGCCCUCUUGUGAAAGAGCCGUUUGCCUUCCACUAAGAAAGUUGCUGAGCAGAGUUAAAAAGUUAAAGAUUCGGGGUGUUCUGAUUGGGGUGGAAUUGAGGUGGGAAAGAAAGACCAUAUAAAGGGAAAUUGCAUGUACCCGCUCUCUGUUUCACGCUUUCCACGAGGUUCGUGAAUGCAGAAUGAAGCUGUACUUGCUAAACGUUGUGCUGUUUUUUUGCUGUUGCCGAAGUGGGGCAGUGACCAGGGAGUACUACAUUGGGAUUAUAGAGACAGCAUGGGACUAUGCUCCUGGUAGUACUGAUAUCAUAUCUGGACAACGUUUUGCAGAAGAAGAGCAAGCUGAAGUCUUCCUUAAAAGAGGACCGCAAAGGAUAGGAAGCAUUUAUAAGAAGGCUGUCUACACUCAGUACACUGAUGUUUUAUAUGAUGUGGUAGUUGAGAAACCUUCCUGGCUGGGUUUUUUAGGCCCUAUCAUUAAAGGAGAAGUUGGUGAUUCCAUUGUUGUUCACUUGAAAAACUUUGCUUCCAGAAACUACACACUGCAUCCACAUGGUGUAAAAUAUACAAAGGAAAACGAAGGUGCUUUUUAUCCAGACUAUACCAAAGGUUUUGAAAAAAGAGAUGAUGCUGUGAAGCCUGGAGGCCAGUACACUUAUACGUGGGAUGUGACAGAAGAUCAAGGUCCUGCUGAAGGAGAUGCAGACUGCAUUACCAGGGUUUACCACUCUCACAUAGAUGCUCCAAGAGAUGUUGCCUCAGGGCUUGUUGGGCCUUUAAUCAUUUGCAGGAAAGGUAAAACGUGGAUUAACUACUACAUAUGCAAGUUGAUUGAUAAUGGCACUUGA